AUGCCAUUGAUCACAAAUCCAUUACUUGAAAGGGCCACGUGUGUUAUUGUUGCUAGGCACGGGAUCGGAGAUGAAAGUGAAGAUCUUGCUAAAUGGCACGGUAUUGUUUCGUGGACUUGGGAUGCUCAAGAUGAAACGUGUGGGAUCUGUAGAAUGGCCUUUGAUGGAUGUUGUCCAGACUGUAAACUUCCAGGGGAUGACUGUCCUCUGAUUUGGGGUGUAUGCAAUCAUGCGUUUCAUUUGCACUGUAUCCUGAAAUGGGUUAAUUCUCAAACAUCACAAGCGCAUUGCCCCAUGUGCCGUCGUGAAUGGCAGUUUAAAGGAUAAGAACAUUGGCUUUUUCCCUUAAGGGUGACUGACUACUGAACAUUGUAGAUGUGAUCUUGUUAAUUUGAAUAUACUUCAAUUUUACCAUGCAUAUAAAUGUACUGGGUUGUGAUUAGUGUUGUAUUGUGCCUCUUCAUGGGUUGAAGGGUUCUUAUUUAUAUUUAGUUAUUCCUUUUUAUCAUGAUUAUGCCAAAA